AUGUCCGCGACGGCCCAAUACAUCGACAUCGGCGUCAACCUCACCGAUCCCGUCUUUCGCGGCUCGUAUCACGGCAAGCAGGCGCAUCAAGAUGACUUUUCCAUCGUCCACUCUCGCGCUAUCAAGGCCGGAGUAGUCGCACAAAUCCUCACGGGUGGCAAUCUAGCUGAGUCACAGGAAGCGCUCUCGCUCGCCAAGGCACACGAUGGGUUCUAUUCCACCGCGGGGUGUCAUCCUACGAGGACGUCCGAGAUGGAGUCGUACGAAGACGGAGCGGAAGCGUAUCUGGGCAAGAUCAAGGAGCUGAUUCUCGAGUCAAGAAGAGAUGGAGGAAAGGUGGUGGCGGUGGGAGAGUGCGGUCUGGACUACGACCGAUUGCAUUUCGCGCCGGCCGAUGUGCAAAAGAAGCACUUUGCGACGCAAUUGGAGCUGGCAGCCGAGGUCAAGUUGCCGUUGUUCCUUCACUCAAGAGCAGCACAUCGUGACUUUGUCGAGAUUAUUAAGCCCAGGAUUGACGAGAUCCACACGGCGUUGUCGAGCGACGGGAGGGAGCCGCACACGGACGAUGCUGAGGCAAAGCGAGUCGGCGUUGUCCACAGCUUCACGGGAACGAUCGAUGAGGUCAAAGAGUUGCUCGAGCUAGGCCUAUUCAUCGGAAUCAACGGCUGCUCUCUCAAGACGCAAGAGAACCUCGAUGUUCUACCACACAUCCCACUGAGCAGGCUGAUGCUCGAGACCGACGCACCAUGGUGCGAUCCUCGCUCGACCCACGCUUCCCAUUCGCACAUCCAGGCGUUCAAGCAGGCCAAUCCCGCUUUGCACGCCCGCUACCAGCCGGCGUCGGUCAAGAAGGAAAAGUGGAAUCCAGACGCCAUGGUCAAAGGGCGUAACGAGCCUUGCAGUAUCGGUCUAGUAGCAGCCACCGUCGCCAGCGUCAAAGGCGUUUCCAUCGAACAAGUAGCCGAAGCGGCCAUGUACAAUACCCGCUGGCUCUUCAACUUGACGCAUUUCUCGUAG